UCUUCAGCAGGAACAAUAUUACAAGAGUCAAUGCACUGUUCAGACAGUGCAAAAUCUAGUCAAAUAAAAUAAGUUAUUUGCUGCUUCAGAGAAACAGAGAAGCAAAAAAAAAAUAUUUUUUGUUUAAAAUGUGUGACGACGACGUAGCAGCCCUAGUAGUAGACAAUGGAUCAGGGAUGUGCAAAGCAGGAUUUGCAGGAGAUGAUGCUCCACGUGCUGUAUUUCCCUCCAUCGUGGGAAGACCUAGAUAUCAGGGAAUCAUGGUUGGUAUGGGACAAAAGGACAGCUACGUGGGAGAUGAAGCACAAAGCAAAAGGGGCGUUUUAACUGUUAAAUAUCCGAUCGAGCAUGGCAUUGUAACAAAUUGGGAUGACAUGGAAAAGAUAUGGCAUCACACAUUCUAUAACGAGUUAAGAAUCGCUCCGGAAGAGCAUCCUGUCCUCUUGACCGAAGCUCCUUUGAAUCCUAAGGCUAACCGAGAAAAAAUGACGCAAAUUAUGUUUGAAACAUUUAACUCGCCGGCAAUGUAUGUCGCUAUACAAGCUGUUCUGUCGCUUUACGCUUCAGGACGCACCACAGGCAUUGUUCUAGACAGCGGAGAUGGAGUUUCACACACAGUACCAAUUUACGAGGGGUACGCGUUACCACAUGCAAUUCUACGUAUGGACCUGGCUGGCCGCGAUUUAACAGAUUACCUCAUGAAGAUCCUAACGGAAAGAGGAUACUCGUUUACUACAACCGCGGAGCGUGAAAUUGUCCGAGAUAUUAAGGAAAAAUUGUGUUACGUUGCUUUGGACUUUCAGCAGGAGAUGGCUACAGCUGCCGGUUCGAGCGCUCUGGAAAAGAGCUAUGAAUUACCAGACGGCCAAGUAAUCACUAUCGGAAACGAACGUUUCCGGUGUCCCGAAGCGAUGUUCCAGCCAAGUUUCCUCGGCAUGGAAUCAUGCGGAAUACAUGAAACUACCUACAACUCGAUCAUGAAAUGCGACGUCGAUAUUCGUAAGGAUUUGUAUGCUAAUUCGGUCCUGUCAGGCGGUACCACCAUGUAUCCAGGUAUCGCGGACAGGAUGCAAAAGGAAAUAACGGCACUGGCUCCGUCCACAAUGAAGAUCAAGAUAAUCGCGCCUCCAGAAAGGAAAUACUCGGUCUGGAUCGGUGGCUCGAUCUUGGCCAGCUUGAGCACCUUCCAGCAAAUGUGGAUCUCGAAACAAGAGUACGACGAGUCGGGGCCGUCCAUCGUACACAGAAAGUGUUUCUAAUUUUUCUUUUCUUUCUUUUCUUUUUCAAUUUAAAAACAAAAUGAUUCAACCACGUCCAACUAAAAGGUUACAAACCGAUAUUGCGUCGGUAUGAAACUAACUUGCUUUAUACGCGAAACCGUACGUCGUAACACGUAUCACUUAAUAUCGAAGAUUUCGAUUAAUAGGGCUUUAAAUUUGUUGAGAUAUUUUUGUAUGAAAUAAUUUUAUUUUAUUUGACAUUUCUUAUCUUAUCUUAAUUGUAAUUUCUAUUAAAUACAGGUCAUUUCAUAAGUUGCUAAUGGAUCGUCUCUCUCUCUUUCUCUCUAUUCAUCCAUUUCUAUCUCUUUUACUCUCUUUAUUUUUACAAUUUCAUUGUUAUUUAUUUCAACAUCUUUUCAUUUUAUUUAGAAAUAAACAUGAUUACACACGAUUAUAAACUAAUGUACAUUUGGAAGUGUGCCUCAAUAUAACAUAUAAUAAUAUAAAUGCUAUUUUACCUUUAUGAUAACCGAAAUAUUGGAUCAAAAUUAUCUAGUUGAUACUAUCGUUUUCAAAAAUGAUCCACUGCUUACGGAACGACCUGUACAUAGAGCAAUAAUAUGUGUACUAUUAUAUAUAAUAUUUAUAUACAGUACACAAUAUAAUAAAUAUAUUUUGCAAAACACGCAUACCCUCACUCAUGCCCUUAUAUAAAUGAUUCAUUUAUUUUGAUAGUUCAAUAUUAUAAAAAAAUAAAAAAUGAAAAAAGUUGUCCAGUUCAAAGAAAUUCUCGUCGUCGCAAUAAAACUUCCAAGAUCACAGUUCAUACAAUUUUCAUGUUCAUUUUUGAAUUGUGUUUAACGUAACAAAGUUAUAAAAAAUAUAGACUAAAUUAACUUGUUACAAUUCCCCCAUCUGUAUAAAUAACAUUCUCUAUAAGAGAAAUGUUAAAUUUAAUUCACUUGGAAAACGUAAUCAUUAAAAAACUGCGAUCUUGAAAAAUUGUUACGCUGAACUAAACAACUUUUUUUUUUAUACUUUUAUUUGUCAUUCGAAAUGACGGAAAUGUUUAGCAUAAUCAAAAUAAAUGAGUCAUCCUAUAUAUAUGUAUGUAUAUGUAUGUACAUCGAUCCAAUUAAAAUAUACAUACAUUUCUUUAUACUUGCGUGCAUACAGUAUAUCAAACAUAUACAUAUAUACACACACACAAAAUAAGGUAAACUUAUAUACAUAUACACAUGACAAUUACGUAGGCUGUCAUAAUCUCGUUAAUUCGAAAGUCACAACACGAAAUUUCGAAACAGUUUAUCUAUGCCACUGUUAAAAUUCAACUAAAGGGAUCUCAUGUUCAAUAUUAUGCAAAUUAUGUCUUCAUAAUUGCAUCAAAUAGUUAAAAAAUAAAGAUAAGAACUAGAAAGUUGCCUAAAAUGACAAUUAUAAUACUUAUAAAGCAUCGAGAGAGACAUUUGCAAAUUUGUAAAAUUUCCUCUGUUCACCAAAAUGGAAAUGCAUACUCAUAUCCUUUGAAAUUAUUAGUUUUAAAGCAAAAA